AGUCGCAUCCCAUAGGAGAGGUUAUGCAAGUUCUAUAACCUGACUUUUACUUCCGGGGUGUUUCGAACUUGCAGACGAACAGUCAUGGAAGUGGAUCUGUGGGCAAUAUUGCAGUGUCUAUUUGUAGCUGGUAUAUUGAUUCUUGCGCUGGCCCUUAUAAUCCUAUAUGCAACGACUGACCCUAGUCCUGAUCUUCAUCGUUGUGAGGAUGAACAAUUCUUCUUUGAUCCCAAAAAAGGGGUUAAGGUAGAAUUUCCCAGUAUAUCUGAUCCUCCAAGCCUUGAUCUGUCAGUGAUCGUUCCUGCUUAUAAUGAAGAAAAAAGAUUGCCUGUGAUGAUGGACGAAAGUAUGGAGUACCUAGAGGAAAGACAGAAAAAUAACCGAUCCUUCAGCUUUGAAGUUUUAAUUGUUGAUGAUGGAAGCAAGGACAAGACAACACAGAUUGCCUUGAAGUAUUCAGAGAAAUAUGGUGUGGAUAAAGUGCGCGUGCUUACUUUGGAACAUAACAGAGGAAAAGGAGGAGCGGUCAGACUGGGUAUGCUUAGUGCAAGAGGACGACACCUGCUUUUUGCAGAUGCAGAUGGUGCUAGCCAGUUCAAGGAUCUCGAAAAGCUAGAGACAGAGCUAAAAAAUCUAAAGACAGAAGAUAAUGUUGCUGUUGUUUGUGGAUCUAGAGCACAUCUUGAGAAGGAAUCUGUAGCCACAAGGUCUUUAUUUCGAACAUUUCUGAUGUAUGGAUUUCACUUCCUUGUGUGGUUUUUGUGUGUGCGUGGAAUUCAAGACACACAAUGUGGCUUCAAACUACUUACAAGACCAGCAGCUGAUCUGCUUUUUAGGAAUCUUCAUGUCAACAGAUGGGCUUUUGACGUGGAUCUGCUAUAUUUGGCACAGCAUUUCCAAAUACCUAUUGGAGAAGUAGCAAUCACAUGGCAUGAAAUUGAAGGAACAAAGAUGAUACCUGUCUGGAGCUGGCUACAGAUGGGACGAGAUUUGUUUCUCAUACGUCUUCGUUACUUAUUAGGCAUUUGGAAAAUUGGACAAAAGUCUUUGUAGUAGUCUUUUUUUCUCUCUUGGUUUUACACAUUUUACAUCAGCAAAUGUCAUUUCUUAUGAUUUUAACAUGUUGAUUUUUAGGACAUGCUGGUUGCUUAUACAACUAGCACAAACAGAUAAGGCAAAUGUCUAAAUUUUUCAACACAUUAAGAAAUAAAUAAUGUCUCAACAAUAUCUUCAAGGAAAAAAUAAAUCAAAUUUAUGAAAGAAGCAUCUGAGGUCUGUGAAAUUUUUCAAUCUUUCGUGCCUGGACAAGCAGCCAUUCUGCUGUGGUAAAGCAAAAUGUUGUUUUGAAUGUGACAAAAUGGGUAGGACCACUUGGAGAUGUCUUGCAACGGUGUGGAUUUGGCUAUUAAACAAAUAAAUUAAUUAAAGAAUAUCCUGGACCUCUUUAUCAACAGGGUGAAUCAACUGCAUACUGCAGUACAAUCACCACUUGUUCAAAUGAGUGCAUAUACGACAUGGAUGUUUUAAUCAUUAUUUUGUGCUUCUCUUUUUGUAUCCUUUAUUGUUACAGAAUUUCGUUACUUCUACUCAGCAGGAAGCUCAUUAUUAUAAGAUCUACAAAAAAGUUAUCUGGAAUAAUCUUUUAAGGGUAUCUUCAAAAACUGUACAGUUAUUUCUAUUUUGGGUUUUGGGUUUUGUGGACUAAAAGAGAAUGAAUGUUUCAAUUUCUGGAUCUUCAUUUUUUUAACAGUUUGUAAAUGAGGCAGAAUGUUUAAUAAUUUGGGGUAGAUCAUGUGGUAGUACUGCUUAUACAAUCAGCACAAACUUGUGUGGGUUGUGUGUGGGUGCAGGUAUGUUUGUGUGUGUACCUAUGUGCAUACAUGCUCCAGCAUGUACGCGUGUUUGCUCUUGCAGAGAUAAAACUCUUUUUGCUGUAAAUUGCUUUUCUCAAGUAAAGUAUUUUUGAAUA